AUGUCUUCUGUAAGCAUAGACGCAGCGGAUGUUAGCGCAUCUUCCCCGUCUGAGUCAGUCCCAGGUAGCGACGGCAGCGAGGAAGAGCAUGACGUCGACGAGUUUGAAGACAGACCAGUCUUCGACGCUUUGACAGAAGAGUGGCCAUCUGCUCCCCUAUGGGAAUGGAUGCAACUCGAGGCUGGAACCAACGACAAGGAGCAACAGACUGAC